AUGGCGCACAUUGGUCUCGGCAGCGGGCUUCUUGUGGCGGCGACCACCACGCUUCUUGCCCUUGCCCUUGCCCUUGCCACCCUUGCGCUUGCGGCCGCGAGUCUCGAGCUCAGGCUCAAGAAGGUCACGGAUGUCAAGCUCCUCGUCGAGAUCGCGCUCCUCAAGCUCGUCAAGGUCACGGCUGUGGCGACCACCGCCUCGGCCACCUCCGCGGUCGCCAAAGCCACCACCUCCACGGCGGCCACCACCACCGAAGCCGCGAGCUGCAAGGAGGUCCUCGAUAUCACGAACGUCGAGCUCCUCGUCGAAGUCACGCUCAUCGACAUCACGACCGUGACGGCCACCACCGCCACGACCACCUCCACGGCCACCGAAGCCACCACCGCCGCGACGGCCGCCGAAGCCACGGACCUCAAGCUCAUCAUCAAAGUCACGCUCGUCGAGCUCGUCGAUGUCACGAGAGUGGCGACCACCGCCGCGGCCGCCUCCGCGUCCUCCAAAGCCGCCGCCUCCACGACGACCGCCGAAGCCACGAACCUCAAGCUCAUCGUCAAGAUCACGGCUGUGACGACCGCCGCCACGGCCACCUCCACGACCGCCGAAGCCGCCGCCUCCACGACGACCACCGAAGCCGCGGACCUCAAGCUCCUCAUCGAAGUCACGCUCCUCGAGCUCGUCGAGGUCGCGAGAGUGGCGGCCACCACCACGGCCACCUCCUCGGCCGCCGAAGCCGCCGCCUCCACGACGACCACCAAAGCCGCGGACUUCAAGCUCAUCAUCAAGAUCGCGGGAGUGGCGACCACCUCCACGACCACCUCCACGACCGCCUCCACGGCCACCGAAACCGCCGCCACCACGACGGCCGCCAAAGCCACGGACUUCAAGCUCGUCGUCGAAGUCACGCUCAUCGAGCUCCUCCUCAACGUCACGAGAGUGGCGACCACCACCGCGGCCACCUCCGCGUCCGCCGAAGCCGCCACCACCACGGCGACCACCGAAGCCACGGACCUCGAGCUCAUCGUCGAUAUCACGAGAGUGACGGCCACCACCACGACCACCUCCACGGCCACCGAAGCCACCACCGCCGCGACGACCGCCGAAGCCACGGACCUCAAGCUCCUCAUCAACAUCGCGAGAGUGUCGGCCACCUCCACGGCCGCCUCCACGGCCGCCUCCACGGCCACCGAAGCCGCCACCACCACGACGACCGCCGAAGCCACGGACCUCAAGCUCAUCGUCAAACUCCUCAUCGUCACGCUCCUCGAGCUCCUCGACAUCGCGAGCAGCGGCGUUGACAAGGGUGUCCUCGUCGACGGAUCGGAGGACAAAGUCCUGGACGGCGCCAUCGGCACCCUCAGCUCGGACGGCGAAGUCGGUAGUGCCCUCGGUGGACUCGGCCAGAGCCUUGCUGGAAAAGGAGAGGAGGGCUGUGGCCGCGGCCAGGGAGAGUUGCUUGGUGGAAACCAUUGUGAAGAUCUGAGUUUUUGGUGUAUAAGAUCUGGGUUUUGUGUACACUUGGAAAGGAUAAAACAAGCUGGCAAGUAG